UAUAUCUAUACAUAUGCCUCUUUCCUAGACACAAAACAUAUUCUAUUUCACUUCCAACAAGAACUAAACUAUACUAGUCUUGAAGCCAACAUGAAGAAGCUAACAUUACAAGUACUAACAGGAAGAUGGUUCAUGGUAUUUGCAACUGUUCUAAUCUUAUCAGCCUCUGGUGCUACAUACAUUUUUGGUAUAUACUCAACUGAUAUCAAAACGUCGCUCGGAUACGAUCAAACCACCCUUAAUUUACUCAGUUUCUUCAAAGAUUUAGGUGGUAAUGUUGGUAUCCUAUCUGGUUUAAUCAAUGAAGUUACACCCCCUUGGGUUGUUCUAUCAUUUGGUGCUGUCUUAAACUUCUUUGGGUACUUCAUGAUAUGGCUAGCUGUGACUAAAAAAAUCCCAAAACCAAAAGUUUGGCAUAUGUGUUUGUACAUUUGUGUUGGUUCAAACUCUCAGUCUUUUGCUAAUACUGGUGCAUUAGUUACUUGUGUUAAGAACUUCCCAGAGAGCCGUGGCGCGGUACUUGGAUUGCUUAAAGGGUAUGUUGGACUAAGUGGUGCAAUGUUGACACAAAUGUACCAUGCUAUAUAUGGUAAUGAUUCUAAGUCUCUCAUUCUACUUAUAGGUUGGCUUCCUUCCGUUGUUUCAUUGGUUUUCUUGCGUAUAGUACGCGUUAUGAGGGUGGUUCGGAUUGAACAUGAGAUGAAAGUGUUCUACAAGUUUCUGUAUACAUCACUUGGCCUUGCUGGUUUUCUCAUGAUGGUGAUUAUACUACAGAAGCAGCUUGUUUUUAAGCAAAGUGAGUAUGGUUUGAGUACUGGUGUUGUCUUGUUUUUGCUAUGUUUGCCACUUGUUAUUGUUGUCAAAGAGGAAGUUGAUUCUUGGAAAGUGAAGAAACAAGAAAUGGAAAGCAUGUCACAAGUGAAAGUAGUUACUGAGGAGCCACAAACAGUACCCUCUAGUACUGCAAAACCUAGUGAUGAUCAUAUUCAAGAACCUAGUUCAUGUUGGAGGACAGUUUUUCGAGCACCGGAGAGAGGUGAAGACUACACUAUACUUCAAACCCUCUUCAGCAUUGACAUGUUGAUACUGUUUAUCGCGACGAUUUGUGGUGUUGGAGGGACAUUAACAGCAAUAGACAACUUAGGACAGAUAGGGACAUCAUUAGGUUAUCCAAAAGACAGCAUCAGUACAUUUGUGUCAUUAGUUAGUAUAUGGAACUACUUAGGUAGAGUUGUGUCUGGUUUCUUGUCUGAACAUUUCUUGUCAAAGUACAAACUCCCAAGACCUCUUAUGCUCACUAUAACACUCAUGAUCUCUUGUUUAGGCCAUCUUUUAAUCGCGUUCAACGCGCCUAAUGGACUAUAUGUUGCAUCAAUAGUCAUAGGGUUUUGCUUUGGGGCACAAUGGCCAUUGAUAUAUGCAAUAAUCUCAGAGUUAUUUGGACUGAAAUAUUACUCAACACUAUACAAUUUUGGAUCAGUAGCAAGUCCAAUUGGAGCAUAUGUGCUAAAUGUGAAAGUGGUUGGCUAUUUGUAUGAUAAAGAGGCUACUACACAAAUGAUGGCUAUGGGGAAAAUUAGGAAAAUUGGUGAAGAUUUGGAAUGUAAUGGGGAUAAAUGUUUCAAAUUAGCCUUUAUUAUUAUUACUGGAGUGACAAUUCUAGGGACAUUUGUGUCAAUUAUUUUGGUUUUAAGGACUAGGAAGUUUUACAAGAAUGAUAUUUAUAAGAAAUUCAGAGAGGAAGCUAAAGUGGCUGAAAAAGAAAUGGCUAUGGCUGCAAAUUAUGGUGGCCUUCUUAAGAAAUAAUAAUAAUUCUGUUAAGGAAUUAAUUUUGUGUUAUUAAAGAUUACAUGUAAUCUCAUAUCUAAUCAUAUCUCUAGUUUUCAAAUAUCAAAUUUUCAUCCA